AUGCCUCUGAGGCUGAGGCCAGGCUAUCCUCACUCGUCGUCAUCGCAUCACUUGUUCGCAUCGUCUUCAUCCUCGUCUUCGUCCGCUCACCGCCUAUAUACAGAUGGUCGCGACCAGUCGGCUGGUUACCAGCCCAAGGCACGUGUAACGGAGCGAUACCGUAUUAUUGGUUUCAUCAGCAGUGGCACCUACGGGCGUGUCUACAAAGCCGUGAGCAGAGCCAGCAAUGGCGAAGGCAUUGCCGCUCCGAUCGAAGUAGCUAUCAAAAAGUUCAAGCCGGAUAAGGAGGGUGAGCAAGUCAGCUACACAGGCAUCUCGCAGAGCGCCAUCCGUGAGAUGAGCCUCUGCAGCGAGCUUCGCCACUCCAACGUCAUCCGUCUCGUGGAGAUUAUUCUAGAGGACAAGUGCAUCUUCAUGGUGUUUGAAUACGCCGAACACGACCUGCUGCAGAUUAUCCACCACCACACCCAGCAGCCACGUCACCCAAUACCCCCGGCCACGGUCAAAAGCAUCAUGUUUCAGCUCCUCAACGGCUGCCAGUAUCUUCACACCAACUGGGUCCUGCACCGCGAUCUCAAGCCCGCCAACAUCAUGGUCACGUCUGGUGGAGAAGUCAAGAUUGGAGACUUGGGUCUGGCUCGUCGCUUUGACAAACCGUUACAUUCCCUCUUUAGUGGUGAUAAGGUUGUCGUGACAAUAUGGUAUCGCGCACCGGAGCUCAUCCUUGGCUCCUACCACUACACUCCCGCCAUCGACAUGUGGGCCGUGGGAUGCAUCUUUGCUGAAUUACUGUCUCUACGGCCGAUAUUCAAGGGGGAGGAAGCCAAAAUGGACAGCAAGAAGACGGUUCCUUUCCAGAGAAACCAGAUGCACAAGAUUGCCGAGAUUAUGGGCAUGCCGACCAAGGAACGGUGGCCGCUGCUCCCCGCCAUGCCCGAGUACAUCCAGCUCAACACGCUGUCGGCGAUGCAGCACAGCACACAUAGCCACCACCAUCACAGCCACCACCAGAACCCUCCCAGCCGCGGCUACGCGACCACGUCGAGCCUCGAGAAGUGGUACUACAGCACCAUCAACAACAACUCGGGUGCCGGAUCUGCCGCCUCGGGCCCCAACGGCCAGCCCGCGCUCCAGUCCCUCGGCGCCGAAGGCUACAAGCUCCUCGCGGGCCUCCUCGAGUACGACCCGGAAAAGCGCCUCACUGCCGCGCAGGCACUGCAGUCGGUCUUCUUCAGCUCGGGCGACCGCGUCAGCGCAAACUGCUUCGAGGGCGUCAAGGUCGAGUAUCCGCACCGCCGCGUCAGCCAGGACGAUAACGAUAUUCGCACCAGCAGUCUACCGGGCACCAAGCGCAGCGGUCUUCCGGAUGAUACGCUGUUGCGGCCGGCCAAGCGCAUGAAGGAGUGA